GUUAUUACAGCACUUGAGCCUCGCGGCUUGCCGUAGUUUAAACAUUAAUCACAUGUAUGAGUUGUCAGGAAGAAGAAACAAUAAAGGCUUUAAGGCCGGAGCAGGGAACGCGAGCCAUGGGCGAUGAAUGAUGCCGCUGUGAGAGCGAAGUGUCCGCAGGUGACUCACCUGCGCGAACCGGCCGCGUGCCAGCGCUCGAACGAGUCAUGCAGCAUAGAGUCCUCGCGUCCAGAGCAGUGCGUAAAGAAGCAGGACACGGACCCGCAAUGGAAGAGUAGCUGAGACAUACACCUGAUCCGUGCGUGCCAUGGGGAACUGCUGGGCUCAGUGUUUCGGGCUCUUUAGAAGGGAAGCAAACAGGAUACAAAGAGGAGGAGGGUCAAAGUACUUCAGAAGCAGUACAGCCGGUGAACACUAUACCAUUGAGUUUGAGAACCUUGUGGAGAGCGAUGAGGGUGAGAGCUCACAAAGCUGCCCCAGGCCCGUCAGCGAAGAGGAAAUGGGUCACUUGAAGGAGCAUCGCUACGCCGCCAUCUCGGACAAACAGGUGCUGAUCGACGAAAAGCUGAACGCUGAGUUAGUGGCAGAAGAGGAGAAGUUAAGGCUAGAAGAGGAGGCUGUUUUUGCAGCCCAGCGCGAGGCAGCGCGGCUCUCUAAGGAACGAAAGCUAAAGGAGGGAAAGCAGCAGAGGACCAAACCGGAGAGCAAUGACCCUCGGCACAGACACAAAGCGUCGGAUGGAGAGUUUGAGGUGUACCUGCAGAGUGUGAAGGCUCAAUCUGAAGCAUUUCGCAGUAACCGACUCAGCUCUGAGACGAAUGUGGUGACCCCGAACACCGAGAGCAGCUGGGACUUCACCAGUAAGACUGACGCCACCUCACUGGACCUGGAGUGGGAGGAUGAGGAGGGAAUGAAUCGGAUGGGUCCUGCAUGGGAGCGUUCCAAAACGGAGGAGGACAUUUUGCGUGCGGCCCUUCGUCCCGGCGGGAAACAACUGGACAGCGGCCCUACCUCCACCUCGGAGGACUCCAACGCUCUGGAGUGGGAGAACGACUUUGUCAGCGCACAUCCAGAGGACAGCGGUGACCAUGGCGACGAGGAAUUUGAGGGAUUUGUUAAUCCAGUACUGGACACGCCCACUGAGGAGGCGGGGCGAAAGGACGGCUCUGACCAACAGGGGAGAUAGUCUACAGCAUUCAGAUUCAGUGUGACGUGACUGCAGACGGUCCAUUUAACCUAGAAAACUAAAUUCUGAAUUCAUAACAAGGAACUGAAAUGCUUCAUACGAUUUCUACUUUGUCGUUAUUUGGUGUGAAUGUCAUGAAAUUCUGGUCAUCUCAUUCUCUCCCCAAAAAACUGACAAUAGAGUCAAUAGACAUUCACCUUCAUAUUUUUUUAAUAUAUUAAUGUUUGACUAUUAUUAUAAUUCUUUAUAGGUUUGAAAUGACUUGGUGCGUAAAUAAUAACAAAAGUUCAUUUCAUUUUUAGGGGAAACUUUUUUGCCUUUUAAAUAUGCCUCAUUAAAUCAUAAUGGCCCUAACAAAAGGCUUCGUUUUUUAAUGUAAUGUCUAAUUUCUUUUGGGAUGAAAUAUGACCCGGUCAUGUUCUUGACAGAUUUCAUGAGAUUCACUCCAUUAGGUCACAGAUUCAUUAGGAUUUGCAUUCCACAGGUUAAUUUGCUCCUGGUUUGAGUUGGUAUGUGCGUCUGGAAUUUAUUUCUAUUAAUUUCCGUUUGGUAACUGAAGUGAGUUUUUAAAUUAACUCUGGGUAUGUCUUGCAUUAAUACUUUGUGAUUAAAAAAAAAAAUGUUUUAGUUCAGCCUUAUUUCAGAGGUUUUCUUUGGAGAACUAAAUCAAGUGCAAUUUUAGAAGAUGAGGGAAGUUUCUCAAAAGCCACAGAUGUUUUCUAGAACCAUAGUACGUUUUUUUUUUUUUUUUUUUGUGUAUGGUUAUUGUUUAAAGUCAUAUCAGACAUUUAACAGAGACGCUUGACAGUUUUAGGGAAAGACCUUUUCUCGAAAAAUGUAUUGCCUCAAGGAUAAAUGCAUUGGAACACAUUUAAGUUCCAGAAGAGCUUUUAAAUCAAUCGCUGUUUGUCUGCGUGUACGAGUCUGUGGGUUAAAGGAUUUGUGGUGGACGCUUCUCGGAAACAGCUAGUGGAUGAGCCUGUGCUUCACAUUCACAACUGCGUUUUCGGACAAAAUGGGUCUUGAAGAGGGAAAUGACUUUGUUUGCUAAACAUAAAUCUUCACAUAAAAGCUCUGGUUUUGACAAUCUGGAUGUUAUUGAUUUGAAUUUAUGCCCAGAACUGAUCAGUGGUUUGAUUUGCAUGUGCUCUUAGCCUUUCAGGAACAUGUCCAGGUCGUAUUUUUAAAGAGAAAUAUUAUUAUUAUUAUUAUUAUUUUUUUUUUUUUUUUUUUUUAAGAAAAUUAUGCAUUAUUUUCCCAAUUGAUUGACAUUAUUUUUAUGAAAAUUAAGCACUUUUUGAUUACCAGUUCUUAUUGCUGUACAUUUUUGGUUUCCCGUAAUGUGGAAAAAAAAAUAUCACUUACAAUAACGAGAUCUUAAAAAAAAAAAAAAAAAAAUAAAUAAAUACCUUAUAUCUAAACAAAAAAUUAUUUCUUUUUAUGAUAUGUAUUUUUCUAUUUGAUUUUGGGGUAUUAAAUAUUACCUGGACAAUUUUCUGAUAUUUACCCAACAAGCUUAAUUGCUUUUGUCAUUAACGUAAAUUUAUUUUGUUAGAACGAUCAUAAUUCAGUAAGGAAAUAGCUUUACAUCAGUCUCUAAAUGCUCAUAAAAUUGACUCGUCUGCUUCUCGUUCCCUCUGUCUGCCGUAAUGAACAACCUCUUCCGUUGACCCCCGUAUUUCCCUCAGAUUGGAGCCUGAAUUCGAUCUAAUGCUUUCAAAUGAAUGCUGAUAUGUAUAUAAUGGAUUGUAAAGCAGACACUGAAGGCCUUGAAGAGCAACGGAGACUCGUGCGUGAUGAGGUGGAAGUCUGUAAUGUAGUAGUGUUGUCUAGAACAUCAGCGCACAAGAGCUUCUGUACAGCACAAUCACGUCACGUUACUUUCUUAUCCUACCAGCACACCUCAAAAGAGACGUAUUCGUGUCAUCUGAAUGUAAAGUAUGUGUGAUCAAUGCAGUGUUUGAUUUGAUUCCAUUUUUUAUUUUCCUGUCUUUUUCCGUCAUCCUGUUUGAAGAGUUUGGGAGCACAUAUGCAAAGAUACGUGAAUGUUUGUCCACUUGUCGGAGUUGAACAGGCCCGUGCUGUUGUAAAUAUCAAGAAUAGAUAUGGUUUCGUAUGAUGACUUUUUUUGUUUUUGUCGUUUUUUAUCAAAAUUACCGCAGGGUUAGCAGCUUUAACAGGUUCCUAAGUUAACUACUGAUGCCAUUAUCCGGCUUUUUUUUUUUUAAUAUGAGAGCAAGUGUGUACGAUGGGUGAAUGAAAUAUUAAUGGAUGUUCUCAGUUUAAAGAAUAUGAGAAGGAAAAUGCUGAACAUUCCAUAAAGGGCCUGGAAAUUUUCCAAAGCGCUUCCCAACUCUUCAACAGAGCUGCUUUGAACAGUUUUAUUUUUGAGUGUUUGUGAAGAACCUGUCAUAUUUCAGAUAAGCUGAAUGUAACUACAGUUUUCAUAAUUCCAAUCUACGUUACGUAAGACCUUGGGUUAGAUCUGACUGCUAAUAAACGAAAGAAAACGUCAGUA